CUUUUUUCUUCUCUCUUUUUUUUGCUCUUUAAUGCUAAAAACUAGUUCACUAACAUGGAGGAGGAAAAUCACCACAUGAGAUCAUACUUGGGAUCAACUCAUUCCGGUGACUAUGUUUUACAAAUAGAUCCUGAAUCUACAUCCUCUACACCUCCUCAAAAAUUACUGGACCUUCAAACAAGAGAUAGUGAUGUCGACGUUUGUUACCCUUAUCAAGAUCAAUCAUCAGAUCAACAUCCAACCGUAGACAUAGAUUCACUCAAUAAAUACUUGAAGGACUCACCUGAGCCUGACAACAACUAUCUGGAGAAACAUCAAUUGACGGCUAAACUGGAUGAUCUGCUGGACAGUAAUAGUAGCAGCGAUAAGAUACGUAUCGCUAGGAAAUAUAGUCUCUACGGAGAAAAUGUACAGGAUCCGUAUUUGAUAGAUCAAGCAAUGGAUAGAUGCACUUUUUAUUCCGCUGAGCUUGGAUCAAUCGAAAAUAAAUCUUUUAGGCAACUUUUGGUCACAAAGCCUCCUGAAGCCAUUAAUACGGUUGCGGAAUUAUUGACAAAUACGACUAAUUGGUGGUUGGAUAUAUGUGCACCUUCAAAUGAGGAAAUGAGAUCUAUUAGCAAAAUAUUCCGUAUUCAUCCACUUACAACUGAGGAUAUUCAAGCCCAAGAAUCAAGAGAAAAAUGCGAAAUCUUUCAGCAUUACAUGUUUGUCAGUUUUCGUACGUUCAAUCAAGAUUUCAAUAGUCCAAAUUAUCUUGAUGCAAUCAACUUUUACAUUAUUGUCUUUAGAGAUGGUGUUUUGACUUUUCAUUUCCAAGAUUCGCCUCACCCUCGAAACGUCCGACGCCGUAUUCAUCAACUCAAGGAUUUUAUCAAAGUUACUCCCGAAUGGAUCAACUACGCAUUGAUCGACAACAUCACUGAUGGAUUUGCUCCAUUGAUUCAACACACCGAACUAGAGGUAGACUCGAUUGACGAUCUUGUCCUCGUCUUGAACGGUUCAGAACAGAAUGACAUGUUGCGAAGAAUCGGGAGUUGUCGAAAGACGGUCAUGCAACUCAUCCGCUUACUCGGACCAAAGGCUGAUGUACUUCGUAGCUUGAUCAAGCGUUAUGAAGAUAAAGCAAAAGAAAUGGAAUACAAUAACAUGCGAGCAUUAGAACCUAACAACACCGGAGUAGAUUCUCCACCAGAGCAUGAUGAAGUGAAGGCUCAUCAUGACGUUACCCUCUAUCUUGGAGAUAUUCAAGAUCAUAUCAUCACUAUGCUCCAAAAUGUUAGUCAUUAUGACUUGAUUCUUGGUCGUGCUCAUAGAAACUAUAUUGGUCAGAUCACUAUAGAACUCUCACAAGCUGGUAAUACGACGAACGAAGUGAUCAAUCGAUUGACGUUCUUUGCAACCAUCAUUGUUCCUCUGAACCUUGUCGGUGGUCUAUUUGGUAUGAACGUUCAUGUCCCUGGCCAAAACGAAAAUGACCUUACGUGGUUCUUUUGGAUCGUGAUGGGUAUGCUGAUCUAUGUUGUAGUCAUGAUGGCUAUUGGCAAACGAACAGGCUUCCUUUAAUUUACUACCUAAUACUAUAUAGACUUUACAUAUAUCCUCCAUAAUAAACAACUUGGUUCCUGUC